AUGGACCCUGUGGAUGCUUCUGUCCGUCUGUCCAUCCAUCCGCCGACCAUGCUGCUUCAACCACUGCACUGUCUGCUUCUAGCCUCAGCCGUGCUGCUCUGCAACGCCGCCCCCACCCCCACGGAAAGACAUGGCGGCUCAGACACCAAGUGUCCCCUGAUGGUGAAGGUUCUGGAUGCAGUGAAAGGGACUCCAGCUGGAUCAGUGGCACUUAAGGUGUCUCAGAAGACUGCUGAUGGGGGGUGGACACAUAUUGCUAAUGGACUCACAGAUGCCGCUGGAGAGAUCCAUAAUCUGAUCACAGAGCAGCAGUUCCCAGCAGGAGUGUAUCGUGUUGAGUUUGAUACCAAAGCUUACUGGAGUAGAGAGGGAAGCACGCCGUUCCAUGAAGUAGCUGAUGUGGUGUUUGAGGCCCACGCUGAAGGUCAUCGUCACUACACCUUGGCCCUGCUGCUCAGUCCAUACUCCUACACCACCACAGCCGUGGUCAGUGACGCACACCACUGA